AUGGACCCGCCCUCCCCAUCCCCCGUCCGCCUCUCGGCUUCAUCCCUCGGUGCCUUCUUCUACAACCACUGCGAGUACUUUCUCCUCCGCAGGGGCACAGACCGCGCAGCCCGAGCAAGCUCAUCGUCGCCUUCCUCCGCCACGGCUGGCUCUCAUCCUACCGCCACGCCAACUCUCGUGCCGGUACCGGACCUUCCAGAUAUCGAGUCACUGACUGGUGCCACCUUUGCACGCGGUGUGCUGUUCGAGGAUGGUAUCAAUGCUUCCAUCGCCGCUGCAGGUGUAGGAUCGGACGCUGCCGACGCCGUUCCGCUGGAAAUGAUCGCGGACACAGUCAUGGCGCUCCUGGCAGCCACGGCGUCAGCCAGCGAUCUCGCCCAAAGGCUUGAUGACCGUCUGGUGCCCCACCGCGAGCUCGCUGACUCGGUUGAUCUCCGCCCGGGUCACUACAUCUACCAUCCGCGGUUUACAGGUGUCCCGUUUCAGGUCCCGGGCGUCACGUGGGGCUCAUGGGAGCCCGACUUUCUGCUCAUCCGCCCUGCACCGCCCGGUGCACCGCACGAUGCGCCUCUGGAAAUCGUUAUUAUCGACGCCAAGUCGUCCAAGCGCCUCAAGCUAUCGCACCAGAUGCAGGUCGCGUUCUACGCCCUCGCCCUUGCCCCGCUCCUUGACGACGUCACAGUUCCUGCCGCUGCCCUUCCACCGUGGGCACUUCCGCACAACGCCGGUCCCACUAUCCCGCUCUCAGCAUUGGUCCCUGUGGCGCACGUCGGUGCGGUAUGGCGACCGAACGCUCCGCUCGAUGUGUGCAAGACCUGCGAGUAUCAGGCCGACUGCCGAUCGCGCACCCUUGCCGAUGACACCAUCUCCAAGAUCCCGUACCUGUCAGCGUCGGCCCAUGCUGCGCUUCGCCACACGCUCGGCGGUUCGCCGGCCUCUGGCGAGUUCUCCCGCAUCAUUGCAGACUCCCCUCAGCUCCUUCCCCCGGGCGUGGCCGCCGCCUACGAGUGCGAUAAGCCUGUCGUUGUCCCCGGUGUCCGCUCCCGGCAUGUCCCGAUCGCCGAGGACCUUGCCCUCGUUGUUACCCUCGCGGUGGAUCCGUUUUCAUCCGCCGUGUUUGCUUGGUCGUUCCGACUGCUUGACCACAACCAAGAAGACAAGUCUGCUCAGCUCCCGCUCGCCUGGCACCUUGCCGCGCCGAGCGAGGUCUACGCCGCGCCGCUGGCUGCUGCCGAGGCUCUGGUCACCGGCCUGACUCAGGCACUCGACGCAGCUGCCGCGGAACGGCCGAAUGUUCUCGACGCGCCCCACCGCUCGCUCCACGUCUAUGUCUGGGGUCGCGAUGAGCGCUAUGCACUCCUUUCGGCUGUCCUCCGUGUCGCUGCUUCAUCGGCGGAUCCCGUCGCUGCUGCGGCAGCUGAGCGACUCGCGCUCACCUUUGUCAACGAUGCCAACAUCCUCGCCACCUCGGUUCUGCCCGAUCGAAUCGGCGCCGCUCUAGAGUCGGGCAUCUCCAAGCUGCGCAAGCACGAGGUGAUUGAGCGGCUGGAGCGCUUCGGCGUGCCGCAUUCACCCGACGAUUCUGCCAAGGACUUGAAGGCCAUGCUCAAGCUCGCCGUACAGCGCGGCCACGACUCGUUCUCCACCGCAUCGCGUCUCACCGCUCUCGAGCAAGCUGUCGCCGAGCUCGUUGUACUUCCGGUCCCGGGCUACUACACCCUCUCCGAUGUCCACAGCCGGCUCGUCUCGCCUUCGGCAUCGAGCAUCGACACUUCUCUUGACGCGAUUUAUGAUGCCUUCCGAGGCCUCGCCGACCCUUCGCCAGAGAUGCGCAGCGGCGCUCGCGGCUCGGCCGCCAUCCGACUUGCCACCAAGCUUGACUCGCUGGCUGCGGUGUUGGACGCGCUGCGUGCUCUUGCGCGUCCUGUCGGUGCGCUCGUUCUCGAAGCCGAGCCGCUCGAUCCGGUCCUUCCACUCCGAGUCAACCACCCGACGAUUCGCCGGCUCAUCUUUAUGAACCAGUUUGAGAUGAUGCAGACUUGGGCUGAGCUCGUCGACGACCGCCUCGCCUUUCCGGGCGCGACAGCAGUGCUCGCUGGGCGGGACGGCGACACGCCGGUGGAAUCAACGCUGGCAGAGCCGCCAUCUCGCGCCCACCCUGGCAAAGUCAUCCUUGUCUCGGUUGUCAAGCCGCCGGUUUGGGCCAAAAACUCGGCCUACGAAGUUGACUCGUGGACUGGCUGGCAGCUGCGUGUCCACGUCGAGGCCGGCCUUGAGUACGUCGAUGCCGACACUCUGCCUGAUUUUGGGCCGUGGAUGCUGGUGGGCGGUGACGACGUCAUGUCGCCUAUCAAGUUCCCCGACGUCCGCUUCCACAGAGCCAUGUGGCCGAAAGGCCUUACGCUCCCGAUGGCGUUUGCCGGCAUUGCGAGGGUCGACCGCGCGCCUGAUGGCGCCAGCGCCAACCUCGACCUCCUCGUGCUUACCUCGUCCAAGGCGCCGCGUGCCGCCAAGGCCAAGUCUUGGUUCACGCCCGGUACCCUUUUGGUGCUUCGUGAGCGCGGCCGCGACUUUACUACCCAGCGUGUCGUCUCGCACUUGUUUGCCCUCGACACGCCCGGCUCGGACGCUGCCUCUACGUCUACCUUUCUCGACCUCAUUGCUGAUCCGGUGGCGUGGGCAGUGUCGACGACGACAACACCGGUCCUGCCGGGCCUCGCCGAUGCUGUCAAGGCUCGCAACACCGCCAUCAAUGACCUCAUUCGGAUCGAUGCCAUCGACCGCCACGUCAAGCUCGACAACUCACAGGCCGCCAUUCUCCGCAGCCUAAUCGGCGAGGGGCCAGGUGGGCGGCUACAGCUUGUCUGGGGCCCACCUGGUACUGGCAAGACCCACGCACUGGCGCUGGUCAUCCUGCGGCUCAUCGAGGGCGUGGCUAUUGCGGGAAACAUGGACACCCCGUUCGACGUUCUUCUCACCGGCUUUACCAACGCCGCUAUCGACAACCUCCUCGCCCGAGUCGCCAAGCUGCGGCGGACAUUUGCCGGCAUUGCUAAUCGGAGUGGGCCAGACUGGCCGGCCGCAGUCUUUGUCGGCAAGAUCAUGUCGCCGUCGACCACGGGCGAUGCGCCGCAAGCAUCCGAUAGCGGCGGCCUCCCAGAGACACCGCUGCAGCGCGCAGGCGUUCCAGCCGCGCCCUACCGCGAGCUCGCGUCAUCGGACGACAUGUCUGCCGCGCGCUUUACCGUCCUCGGCGGAACAGUUUACCAGAUCGACAAGCAACUGGCCAACACACGGCCGUUCGAUCUCCUAAUCGUUGACGAAGGCUCACAGCUCCCGGUGGCCGAGACCGCGCUGGCGGUCCAGCGGAUGGCGACCGGCGGCCGGCUCAUCGUCGCCGGCGACCACAUGCAACUUCCGCCAAUCAUCCGUCAGGACUACCCACAGGUUCCGGGCAUGCCGACGCUGUUCUCGUCGAUCCUGCAGUGCCUGCUGCGGACGGCAGAAAACAAGGCGAUUCCCAUGGGUGGUGACGUCGGUGACAUGGUCCGCCACCUCGUCGGCCAGCCGCACGUCGCGCUGCUCAAGAAGAACUACCGGAUGAACUCGCGCCUCUCCGAGUUUACCCGCGCACUCUAUUACGCCGACUACGAGUGCAUGCAGAAGAACCAGCGAUUGGCGCUCACCGCCGACGAGCUCGACGCCGACCUCGUCGCCCGUGCCCCGCAGGUAGUCACUGUUGCCGAUUCCGAACUCCCCAUGGUCGCCGUCCGGCUGGUCCUCGACGAUCCCGAUGGCUGGAUGGGCGCGCCGCGCGAGUCGUUGGUCCUCGCUGAGGCCCGAGCCAUUGCCGACAUGUGCCACGGUCUGGAGCAGGCAUGGCCGAUCGACUCAGAGACGCCGUUUAGCGCCGGCGGUGUGUUUGUCAUCACUCCGCAUCGCUCGCAGAAGUCAAUGGUCGAUGCCGCGCUGGAGGGAGCGCUCGCCGGCUCGAUCGACACUGUCGAGAAGAUGCAAGGGCGCGAGGUCGAGGCCUGUGUCGUUGCCUACGGCUAUUUUGACCCGCAUCAGGUCGCUCGCGAGGCCGAGUUUAUCUAUCAGCGCGCGCGGCUCAACGUUGCCGUCACCCGCGCCCGCAACAAGGUUGUCCUCAUCUACACCGAUGCCAUUCUCCAUCCGCUCCCCCAAGUCUACGAGUCACCGCACGCCCGUGCUGCCCUCGAGUACCUCCGCGGCUUUGUUGCCGGCGCAGUCCAAAUCGACUGGCCUGUCAGCCUCGAGUAAACUAACUAGAUGCCGA